AUGGCUGAAAUCGAGCACCCCACCAUCAAAGAUGGCUGGUUCCGCGAGAUUUCCAACAUGUGGCCGGGCCAGGCUAUGACCUUGAAGGUCAACCAAGUCCUACACCACGAGAAGUCAAAGUACCAAGACGUUCUUGUCUUCGAGAGCAGCGAUUACGGCACCGUCCUCGUCCUCGACAAUGUCAUUCAAUGCACAGAAAGAGAUGAGUUUUCCUACCAAGAAAUGAUCACACAUCUGGCCAUGAACUCACACCCCAACCCAAAGAAGGUGCUAGUCAUUGGUGGUGGUGACGGAGGUGUUCUUCGAGAGGUUGUAAAGCACGAGACAGUAGAGCAGGCUAUCCUUUGUGACAUCGAUGAAGCAGUCAUCCGAAUCAGCAAGAAGUACCUACCAGGAAUGGCUCUUGGUUUCCAGCACCCAGCAGUCAGUGUUCACAUUGGAGAUGGCUUCAAGUUCCUCGAAGACUACAAGAAUGAGUUCGAUGUCAUCAUCACAGACAGCAGCGACCCAGAAGGACCUGCUGAAUCUCUAUUUCAAAAGCCAUACUUUGAGCUACUGUUUGGCGCUUUGAAAGAAGGUGGUGUCAUCACGACACAAGGUUCUGAAAACCAAUGGCUUCACCUUCCUCUGAUCACCAAGCUGAAGGCUGACUGCCGACAAGUCUUCCCUAACGUCGAGUACGCCUACACCACCAUCCCAACUUAUCCUUCUGGUCAGAUUGGCUUCAUGGUCUGCUGCAAGGACGGCGAGCGAAACCUCAAGGAACCACUUCGAACAUGGCCUAAGGAGGAGGAAGACAAAGUCUGCAAAUACUACAACCAGGACAUUCACCGAGCAGCUUUCGUCCUACCCACAUUCGCUCGACGGUCAUUGAAGUAG